CAAUGCAUACUUAAAUACGGUGUGGCUUCGAAAUACGAUGUGAAAGCUUCUGGAAAUGACUAUGAAGCUGUUGGAGACGCAGCUGAUGCUCGUCAUGCAUGUAGAGUAGACUCACUGGUCAGCAAUGCAUGCAUUCUACUGCGCUCAUUGCAUCCUCGUACUGGCAGCAUGGAGGUUGAGGCUGACCUACGUCCAAUUCUCGGUUCAUCACUGGUUCGUCUGGAUCCUAUGCGAAUCAAGCAGUUACAGUGGGUUCUUCUCAAAAACUACUCUAUACGAAUGUAA